UUUGUUGAACGUUUUAUACGACAUCUUUGUACACCAUGCCCACGCCAGGAUUUCAAGUGAACUGUGGGACCAACCCUCAAUAUGUACCUAACGGAGCGAGAAGCUACGCUAAAGCAAUAAUGCGAUGGCACAUAAAAUGCUCUGAUAUGGCUACUUUUUUCCUCGAGGGUGGGAAGCUGAUGCGGCGGAUCGGGAGUGCCUUGAAAGACGAAGAUGAUGAUCAACAUUCCCAUCACGGUUCGGGAUCAGACACGUCUGAAAAGCAUGGAUUGCACAAGCUGAGCAUGGCAAAUCCAACCAGGGGAGCUCUGCUGGUUCUGAACGACCGCGCAAACAAUCCCGGUACUGGUCUUUUCGGGAUGCAUGAUCCGGCCAAACGCCAGAGCAAGGUCGGCCCUCCUGGAGUAAUGCGAGAUACCGCUCAGGUUCCAGCCAAAGACGUGGAAAAUGAUUCGGAAUAUGUGGUUCCAGUCACCAUAGGGAACCCCGGCGUGAUGCUCAAUCUCGAUUUUGACACUGGAAGCUCCGAUCUAUGGGUGUGGUCCUCUCAUACGCACAGGAAGGCCAAGAAUAGAGCAAUAUUUCACCCGGGAGCGUCUCAUACCGCCCGCAAGGCCGAAGACUUAUCCUGGAAAAUCGAAUACGCCGAUGGAUCCGAGGCCCAUGGAAUCGUCUACUAUGAUGAUAUCAUGGUUCAGGGGGUAAAAAUACAAGGACGAGCUAUCGAAGCGGCUACAAACUUGAGCGGGUCGUUCUUGAACGAUACAACGAGCGACGGUCUUCUAGGUUUAGGAUUCCCCAAAUUGAAUACGGUCAAGCCGCACCAACAGAAGACGCCAUUUGAGCAGAUGAUAGAUCAGCAUCUUCUUGAUAGACCACUAUUUACAGUCAAGUUGGACAAGGGAGACAGUGCAGGUUUCUUCACAUUCGGGCACGUCGACGGGAAUGUGCUGCGACCCGGUGUCGACAUAUGGGAGACUUACGUUAUAGCCGAUAACGGAUGGUGGGAGUUCGAGAGCAGGGGAAUCAUGAUCGGAAAGAAAGAGUACCCGAGACCACCAGGGAAUACAGCAAUCGCAGACACAGGAACGACGUUGAUUCUUAUCGAUGACCAAGCGGUGCAGCGCAUCUACAGCCAGAUCCGUGGCGCCACGCUCGACCACCAAGAAGGCGGUUAUAUUCUUCCUUCGGAUUCGCAACCACCCGAGAUUUAUUUUGCAUGCGGUGAUCGAUAUUUCGGCAUUUCCGGCCAAGACUUGAUGUUCGCGCCUUGUAAUAGGAAGGGAUAUUCAUUCGGGCCAAUCCAGAGCAGAGGGAGCAACAAGCAGGAUAUACUUGGCGAUGUAUUCUUGAAACGGGUGUACGCUGUGUUUGAUGCGCGCAAGCCGCGACCUAGGAUCGGCUUUGGACAGACGGACUUUACUCACAGUUGACAUUGCUCUUGAGAGGACGAUAUUCCCAUCAUUAGUGUUUGUAUUAUAGAGCAGAUUUCCAUGGUAGGGAGCCGUGCCGUAUCGGCCCAAAGGACAUGAUUGAAUAUCCAUC